AAAAACUGAAAUCAUAGCGCCACGUCACAGUGUCUGUUCGGUGUCAUCCAUCCUCUCUCACACUACCAUCUCCGUCUCUCUUGGAUUCUCUCAGAUUCCAAAUGGAAGCUCCAAAAAGCUGAUAUUCCCCUGUAGCAACUUUUUCUUCUUCACCUCUCAGAUUCGGAUCCCGUGGUAAGAGACCUACCUGCCUGGUGAUGGUAUGCAGCAGUCUGGUAAGGAGUGUCAUUGUUCAGGCUGGUUAUAUUGGAGUGUUGGCUCGAGGAAGACGUGUUAACAAGACCUUGAGCGGAGUUAGAAUCAGCGCAGCAGCAAAGAUGAGUGUCGAAUCUUCACGAGUUUCUUUGGUUGAUAUGCCCCCUCAUAAAGUUGAUGAUGGCGGUUACGUUGGUGGUGGGUGGAAAAAUGAGGAUGGGAGCUUGAGCUGUGGGUACUGUAGUUUCAGAGGGAAACGGUCUACGAUGGAAGACUUCUAUGAUGUCAAAGCUUCCAGGAUCCAAGGCCAAACAGUUUGCAUGUUUGGCAUUUUCGAUGGUCAUGGUGGUUCACGUGCUGCUGAGUACCUGAAGAAACACCUCUUUAACAAUCUUAUGAUGCAUCCACAAUUUUUGACAGACACCAAGCUGGCACUAAGCGAAACGUACAAACAAACAGAUGUAGCAUUCCUUGAAUCGGAAAAGGAUACUUACAGAGAUGAUGGCUCCACAGCAUCUGCUGCUGUGUUGGUGGGGAACCAUUUGUAUGUUGCAAAUGUUGGAGACUCAAGGACAAUAGUUUCUAAAGCUGGGAAAGCGAUUGCGCUAUCAGAUGACCAUAAGCCUAAUAGAAGCGAUGAAAGAAAGCGAAUUGAAAACGCUGGCGGUGUUAUCAUGUGGGCAGGAACAUGGAGGGUAGGUGGAGUCUUGGCAAUGUCCCGGGCUUUUGGAAACAGACUGCUGAAGCAAUUCGUUGUUGCUGAACCCGAGAUACAAGAUCUAGAGAUAGAUCACGAGGCUGAGUUUCUUGUGCUUGCAAGUGAUGGUCUAUGGGAUGUAGUAACAAAUGAGGAUGCGGUAUCCCUUGCUCAGAGCGAUGAGGAGCCUGUGGCAGCGGCCCGCAAGUUAACGGACACAGCCUUCACUCGUGGCAGCGCGGACAACAUCACGUGCAUUGUUGUUAAGUUCCAUCAUGAUAAGACCGAAUCUCCCAAAUCUGAAACAAAACCUGUGGCUGAACCGGAGGAGCCCAAACAGAACCCCAAAGCUGAACUCGAACCCCAGUCAAACCCAAAUGCUGAACCGGAAACCGAAUCAAACCCCAAAUCUGAUGCUAUACCCGAUACUAAACCUGAAACUGAACCAGAGACGAAGGGUGCGAAAGCCGGCGAGUAAGGUAUACCCAAUCAGGGGAGAAAAAUAUGCUGUUAGGGUCGAGAAUGAGGCAUGUGCGGAUAGACAGAUAAAUAUUAAAUCGCUUUAGUAGUUGUGUGCUUUGUGACUACCUGUAACGUGUGAGGAUUUGUGUUGCAUAUGCACAUGCCUGGCUUCGACCUGUCCUCGAUUUUUGUCUAUUCAUUUUGCUCUUAUUUUGUUUAUUGGUGCUUCUCGCAGCAAAAACACACACACCAUUUGUUAUGUUCCUUCCACUUCUUUAUAUCUGAACAUCCAUUUGUGUA